GGUGCGAGUGGUGCGAGUGGUGCGAGUGGUGGCACAGCCAGCGGGUCGCCAAGGACCGGCUACAGGGGAAGCAGGUGGGAGGAACAGGGACAAGUACUUGGACUUGCACAUGGUCACUUUCUCUGUCUCUCUACUUGUGCAGAUGCCAUAGAGUUGGUUCAUACACAUACUGCAUUCCCCCUGGCUAAUAACGCCCUUCGUCUUGCCCUCCCUUGCCCCCUCGUGGCAAGGGCCUCCAUCCAACUGGUGGCAGACUCGGGUCAUGCAUGGACUCUCUCUCCCUCUUCCUCCUCAACUCCUUGGAUCAAUGACUCUCAGUCACAUGCGCCACUUCCUCUCGACUCGCCAUGCUCGCUCAUUCUCCUCGCUCCGCUGGCUAAUGGCUGUAUUCUCCGUCUUGUCGUCCCGCUCCCGCUCCUCCGCUCGCUCCCGCCCGCACUCCCACCCGCUGCCUCGUCGGACAUGGAUCCGCUGAAGGCUGGCGACCACAUGUUCUCGUUCUUCUCAGACUUGGCCUCUGCUGGCCUCCUUGGCUCGGACUUGGUCAAGCCGGUCGACGUGCUGGAUGUGCUGGGCGAUGCUGGCGCCGCAGUCCGUGACGAGUCUGGCGAGCCGGUGGAGGGCCUCGCCCUCACCGCCAUGGACGUGCUCCCGCCUGACGCUGCAGAGCUUGUUGGCGAGCAGGACAUUGUCCGUGUGGUCCAGAGCGCCACGCCUGGUGCGCCGGCCUCGCUGGCUGUCUGCGGCCUCUCGGAUGGCUCGCUGUGGCUGGCCGCGCUGCCCGGCCGCGGCGCCGCCGUCGAGGGCGCUGCUGUCAAGCUUCAGUCAGCCUCGCUCCUAGGCAAGAUGUUUGGACUGCUCUCGACUCCAUUUCGUUCCCGCAACCAGGCGCCGCCGCUCCUCUCGCUCCACAAACUUCCCGGCGUGCCGUACGUGCUUGCUCUCUCUGCCGACCUUGUGUUCUCGCUCUGGUCGCUUGAGCAGCGGGCGGUUGUCGGCCGCUUCUCGCUGGCGCACCUGACCGACGACCCGGUCGAGCUCGGCGACGCGGGCAUUCUCGACGACAUUGUGUGCUCUGUGGUGCCCGACAUCGACGAUGAGACGACCUUUGCCAUUGUCGUCUUUGUUCCACUCCUGGCCAACGCCUCGCCGGAGCUGGUUGCCUCGGCGCUCGCCGACGAUCGGCCGGAGCUCUUUGUCUUUGCGCUCGACAUCUCGACGCUGCGUGCGGCCGACGACACCGCCGAGGCGACAGACGCCCUUCAGCUUCGUGCUGUCGAGUGCCAGUUCACCCGCGACCCUGCCGUGGCAGGCGCGCGCCCGGUCGAUGUGCUCUACGACGCGCCGGCCGGUGCGCUCCACGUUCUCUACGCCAUGCCGGCGUCGAUGUCGGCUGACGGCUUCCAGAUCUGGAGCUACACGCUCGACGGCUCGGCCUCGGUCCAGCCGUCGACUCUGGCAACGCAUCUCGGCUCGCUCGACCACCUUGAGCUGCCCGGGCUCGACACCGAGCUCAACGCCAACGAGCUGCACAAGGUCUACGCCGGCGAGGUGUUUUACCCUGGCCGGUUUUCGGCGACGACGCUGGCGCUGGCGGUCCAGGCGUACCACGGCUCGCGGAUGAGCCUGCUCGAGGGGGCUGCUGCGCCAGCGCCGGCAGUCCUCCGCCAGGUGGCGAGCAACGCGGUGACGGCACAUGCUGCUGCUGUUGCGGCGUCGGCCGGCGACAGCCCGGCGGCGUAUGCCGAGGCUCUUGUUGCUGGCUGGGAAGCCAUUCUUGAGCACUGCAUCCGUCUGGCGCGGGCCGAGACAGCGCCCCUGGCGCUUGGGCUUCUCCCGGCGAUCGGCGUCGAGCCAGCCGGAGCGGUCGGGCUUGUGGUGCUGUGUUCCGGCGCACUGGCGGUGGCGUGCGAGGUCGGCCCGGCCACCGACGGCCUCUUUGCGCUCACCGAAGUGCCCGAGACCAACGUCGGCGUCCUGGAGCCUGCCGAGGCCGACGCGCGACUUGUUCACCAGCUCGUCGACCUCAUUGACGUGCAGCUCGGCGGGCCUGCGCGGGUCCGGUUCUUCCGGGCGCUUCUCCAGUCGCGCAACCCGCUCACUGCCGCCAUUCCAGACGUCGGCCAGCUGACCGAGUCGGAGGCUUCUGGGCGGUUUGUGCUCACGUUCCUCCGGUUGUGGCGCUCGCUUCACGACCCUGUGGCGGCGGUGCAGGGCGCGGUGGCGCGGUUGGUGGCAAGUGCGCAGGCGCUGACGCGCGAGCUCGAGGUUGUGCUUGCGCUCGGGGCCGAACAGGCGUUUUCGGCGUGCGCGCUGCAGAGUGCGGCGUUUGUGGCAAGCCGAAGCGUUCGCCAGGCGCGGGCGCUGCUGCUCACGCUCUACCUGGUGGCCCAGCUUCGCGACGACUCACGCUGCUCAUCGGACGGCCACGAGGUCAUGCUCUCGGAGGUUGUGCCGGCGACCGAGGUUGUGCUGAUGCGGAGCGUGGUGGCGGCGGUGGUGGUGCGGGCGAGCAAGCACGGGCGUGGCGGGUGCGGCGCGCCGCUUGUCUCGGGCCUCUCGCAGGCGUCGGUGCUGGCGGUGCUGGCGGGCGAGGCUGGGUCGUGGCUUGUCCGUGAGCUGCUUGCGAGCGGCGAGGCGACCAACGCGCAUGUGGUCCAGCGGCUGCUCGAAUCGGAGGCGCUGCUGCGAGGGCCGGGCGAGGCCGGCGAGACCGGCUCGGCGCGGGCACAGCUGGUUGGUGAGGCAUACCUCCACACUGGCGAGUUUGGCAAGGCACGCAAUGCGUUCCGGCGGGUGGACGGCGACGUGAACUACUUUGCCGAGGUCAUGCAAAAGUUUGACGAGAGCUACCAGCCGGACCUCGCGCUCGAGUUUGCUCAGGUGGCGCUCGGGUGUGCCGGCGAGUCGAGCGAGAUGCGGGCUGUGCUCUGGUCGAACGUGUUCAAGCACGCAUGUGCGCUCCACGACUACGACAGCGCUUACCUAGCGAUUGCGUCGAACCCAGACCCCGAGCGGCGGCAGGACUGUCUGCGGCGGUUUGUGGUGGUUCUCUGCGAACUGGGCGAGGGCGUUCGGCUGUGCGAGUACCCGUUUGUGGGUCUGUGCGAGGAGGUCGAGGCGACGCUCCUCCGCAAGGGCCGGUCGGGCCACGCCAACUACUACGAGGUCCUCUACGCGUGGCACUGCUUCCGGUCCAACUUUCGGGCUGCGGCCGGCGCCAUGUACGAGCGUGGGUGCAUGGCGGCGACAGCCGACGACGCGCUGCGCGGGUACCUGGCGGCGGCGACGGCGCUCAACCUCGUCGGCGCCAGCUCGGCUUGGAUUCUUCAUCCGCGGCAGUGGCGGCACGCCGCCGACGGUGGCACCGGCAAGCGGCGGCACGAGAGUGUGACCCAGGUGAGCGACGAGCUGGCGAUUGUGAGCUUGGCCGGCGUGACCAUGGAGACGGCUAUUGUGCGGGCGUGGGCGCUGCUCGGGACCGAUGCGCGGCCGGAGGAUGCCGACGGCGCAGUGUUGGCGCUGGCGACGAGCGGCUACAUCGAUGAGGCGUUUUUGCUCGCCAAGCUCUGCGACGCCUCGGUGGAGCCGGUCUUUGGCGUACUUGUGGACAAGGCGAUGGCGGCUGCGCCGUCGGCGACGGCAGACGCGGUUGUUCCGGGCUGGGAGCUCCCGCUCGGCGAAGAGUGGUGGGGCGCGCCGUCGCUGCGUGCGGCGCUCUGGCGGGUGAUUCUGGACGGCCUCGCGCGGUACGACUCUCCGCAGACUGGGUUCCGAUACCAUCUUGUGGUGGCGCACUGCGUGCUUACGUUUGAUCGACGGACGGCGCUUCCGCGGUCGCUGGUGGUCUCGUUGGUUGCGCCUGACGGGGCGGGGUCGGUCAACGUGGCCAACGUGGCGGCGCUUGCACGGCUCUACCUCUCAUUUGGAUGCGCAGGCGAGGCUGCCGCGCUCGCGCUCGAGUUUCUGGGCGGCGACGCCGGAAGUGCGGCAGCCAAAGCCGGGGUGGAGAGCUUUGGCGCGUGGCUCCCGUACCAAGUCCUCGACGAGAUUGCGCUGUCCGAGGGCCAGGAGGAGUUCCGGGCUGCGAUGGAGGCGCUGCUGGCGUGAGCGAGCGAGCGAGAGAGUGAGUGCGUGUGUGUCUUUUGUCUUUACGCGUAAAUGGCGGCAGCAAUGGCGACAA